AUGAGACCACUACACCAUUUUGAGGGUAUAGAGUCAACCCAUAGUCUGUUCGACGAGGAAGUAUUUUCUACGUCUGCUCUCACGUUCUGCGAACAACUACCUGCUAGUUACCAGCGAUCUGAUCGACCUACACUGAUUUUCGACUUUCCAUCGAACCCAAAAGUCCAAAGAUUCAAGUUUCACGUCUUUGAAUCCUUUCUGUAUGAUACCUUGCAGGAAGUACAAUCUUAUAGACCUACACAUGGCCUGUCUUCAGAAUGGGAUACUGAAGGGCAUCCCGCUGGGAAUCUGACCGUCGUUGCGGAGUACUGGAUCAACCGAUACGAUUGA